AUGUCAUCCGGAGAAAGAGCUUUACACCUUACAACACCCGACGAUGAAGCUAUAAGAACGUGCCAUUUACUUCUACGGUUUGGAGAUUUUAGGGGAGUUCGAGACAUCGUCAACACGAACAAGGCAGUAAUCAGUGAACGGCUAGAUACGUUUGAGAAAGCGGCAGCUAUCUCGGAUGUUCUCUCGGCCGCAGAGACCCCGCUUCCCAACGGGGCGACUGAUUGGUACGGCAUCAUUCGAAUGAAACAGCCGGGACCGAUUGUAGGGGAGGACUUCGAGAAGUUGAUGAAUCUCUUGAACUCGAGUAACAAUCCUUUCCCGUUUUGCCAGGAAGCUCGUGUUAAAGCCUCGUUAGCUUGGUCGUUUCUGUCUGAUCCAACCUCUAAGGCGAAGUACGAUAAGUCUAUUUCCAGCGAGGACAACCUUGUAAUCGAAGACCAAACCGGUGACAUAACCGAUGGUGUUCCUCUUUGCGGAGAGGGUAGCGAAGGUGAAGUGGACACAAGAAAACGAAAGGCGGAGAGUCUCAUUUUUUCUGAUUUGCCAGCAUUAGAGAACUUGAAAGAGUUUCAGGAAACGGAAGAGAGUCCCUUGCCCGUGGAGGAGAAAAACAAUGAAGUUCCAUCGAAAGACACUUCGUUUGUCCCGGAGAAACGUAACGUUGGUCCGGGACCUGACGAUGAGGUUGUUGUGAUUUCUGAUGACGAGGAUGAGGAAUACGUGGGCCGAGAUAUUAUCUCAAUGGCUAGAACAGCGAAAGUGCGCAUAGUUGAUGGAAGGAAAGUGAAAUUUGUCCCAUUGAGGAAGAAGCAAAAAUAG